UUUUAUUUUACAGCAGUUUUUACAGAAACUGAAAAAUGUCCUCCAAACUGGGUUAAUGAUGCUCAGUCAUGCUAUUACGUCAGUACGUACAGGGCAUCGUGGGCCAAUGCUAGAAUUGCUUGUCAAAAAUAUGGAGGAGAUCUUGCUGUUCCAAAGAACGAAGCCGAAACUAACGCCAUUGGCAAGAUAGUCCGAAGCAGACGUUUGAAUGACCUUUACAUCGGUUUAUGGCGAAACAAAAAGGACAAGAAAUUCUAUACUGUGCAAAAUAAAAUACCAACGUACACAAACUGGGCACGCGGAGAACCUAAUGGUCCUAAUUCUGAGUUUUGUGUACAUUUCAUUGGUUACCGUCAUUGGAAUGACUAUACAUGUACUGGUAGCUACUUUUUCAUUUGUGAAAAAUCGGAAUCACAAAUAAAGAACUAUGGACUGACAUGUGGCGAGAAUGACAUGACCUUUAUAAUCAAGAAAUCAUCGUUAAAUAUUGUUUCAUCUUCCCAACUUCAACUUCUCCACAGUUCAUGCAAACCUACAUCAACCAACUUAUAUUUCAUCUUUACAACCACAUUAACUGGAUGUGGCACAAAGAUGACUGUUAAAAAUGGCGGAAAAGAAAUUUCAUUUCAUAAUAAAGUCAUCGAAAGUUCUUCAGGUUUUAAUAACACCGUUUCAAGAGCAAAAGAAAUUCAACUUCCUUUUAAAUGUUCUUAUCCUCAAAGUUAUCUUGUUUCUUCUUCAACAUAUGGCCUUAAAAAUUUCGCCAUUUCAAACGAAACCGUCAAUAAACAACGCAACAUAUCCAUAAUCAUGUCAAUUUAUACAGAUGAAUCUUUCAGUCAGUCAUUGAAAACAGAUCCAUCAAUGGGAGAUCGUCUUUAUGUUGAAGUCAAACGUAAUACAAGCAAAACAAACUCGACAUUUGGUGUAAAGUUGAAUGAAUGUUUUGUCACUUCAAAAAGUCAUUUGGGUGAAUUCAAAUAUCUUCUUAUUGAACGAGGUUGUGCAAAAGACAAGACGGUGAAAUUCUAUCAAACGUCAUCUCACCUGGCAACGAGAUUCAGUUUUCUUGUUUUCCGUUUUCGUGGUUUACAUCAUUACCAUACACGUGUUCAUUGCAGAGUCAGUUUGUGUGUAGGAAAAUCUUGUGCAUCGGGAUGUCAAUCAUCUAAGAAUAGAAAACGUUUCUUGUCACAAUGUAUCAGUGAUGAAGAAAUCAGAUAUUUCUACUAAAGAAAAAUGGCAACGGGUGAAACAGUUUAACGGACCUUGAUUUUUGGACAAAUAUUACUUUGUUUUAUUUUGCAUGUCUAUUAUUUUUUAUUACAAAGAUACUGUUAUGUGCGAGCAACUUGAUUAACAAUUUGUUGACUUUGUAAUCAUUUUUAAAACGUUAUUAUCUAUUGCUUAUAAUCAUUAAAUGUUUUCUUCAGACAAAA